GUAUGCUAGUGCUGAUACAGUAAUGUCUUGUCUCUCUCCCUUUAUAAGGGCAGGCAGUGAUUAAGCUUUAUCAGAUUUCAAGAAAGCAAGAGAGAAAGAAAGAGAAGUUUUUUUUCGUAAUUUCUAGUGGAUUGCAUGCCACCACCCACUGCUGGUGCAGGUUUAUCUUAAUUUAAGGAAGUGGGCAGCCAAUUCAAUAGAGAAACUUUCUUGGUAUCGGGUUUAGAGGUUGAAAUUUCAGGGUUAAGAACAGAAAAGAAAAGGAACUUGCGCAGCAAGAAUGGUGGCUAGAACAGUGGAUCUCCGGUCUGACACUGUCACGAAACCAACUGAAGCAAUGAGGGCUGCUAUGGCAAAUGCUGAGGUUGAUGAUGAUGUUUUGAGUCAUGAUCCCAGUGCGUUGCGGUUAGAAACUGAAAUGGCAAAAGUCACGGGCAAGGAGGCAGCUCUAUUUGUUCCAUCAGGCACCAUGGGCAACCUUGUUAGUGUUCUUGUGCAUUGUAACAUUAGGGGAAGUGAGGUAAUACUUGGAAAUAACUGUCAUAUCCAUAUCUUUGAGAAUGGAGGCAUCUCAACAAUCGGAGGCGUUCAUCCUCGGACUGUGAAGAAUAACGAUGAUGGAACAAUGGAUAUUGAUUUAAUUGAAGCUGCAAUAAGAGAUCCUAGAGGGGAGAUUGUGUUUCCAACUACUAGGCUCAUCUGUUUGGAGAAUACACAAGCCAACUGCGGUGGUAGAUGCUUGUCUGCAGAAUAUACCGACAAAGUUGGAGAAUUAGCUAAAAAGCAUGGUCUGAAGCUUCACAUUGACGGGGCUCGCAUUUUUAAUGCAUCUAUAGCACUCGGGGUUCCAGUUCACAGGCUUUUACAAGCUGCAGAUUCAGCUUCGGUGUGUCUAUCAAAAGGUUUAGGUGCACCUGUUGGCUCUGUUAUUGUUGGUUCCAAAAGUUUUAUUGCCAAGGCUAGAAUCCUGAGGAAAACCUUGGGAGGUGGAAUGAGACAAGUCGGUAUCCUUUGCGCUGCUGAUUUAGUUGCUCUUCACGAGAAUGUUCUAAAGCUUGAGGAUGAUCACAAGAAAGCUAAGAUGCUAGCAGAGGGGCUGAAUCAAAUCAAAGGACUAAGGCUGAACGUUGCUGCUGUUGAGACCAAUAUUAUAUUUUUUGACAUAGUAGAGGGAGCAAAAAUCACAGCAGAAAAGCUGUGCAAGAACUUGGAACACCAUGGUAUACUUGUAAUGCAAGAGAGCCCUGUCAGGAUUAGGGUUGUCCUUCACCACCAGAUUUCAGAGAGUGAUGUGCAGUACGCACUCUCCUGCUUUAAGCAAGCUUUGUCCGGGAGGGUGCAGGAAGAAAAUGGCAACUAGUGGAAGAAACUGUAUCAGUUCAUGUUGUAUCAGAUACUGUAUCAAUUCUCAAGUCAACUCAUGGUUGGGUUCAAUAAACAUGGAAUAAUAUAAUAUAAGAAAACUUACAUUGUAUCACUUCAUAUCUUUGUUUGGGCUUAUAAGCUUAUGUGUUAUGAUCUUGGGCUCUUCCUUUGCU